AUGACCACAUCCAAUUCUGACCCCCAACCUCCCAAAAAAGGAUGGCGGUUCACUGUCAUCUUUUGCGCUUUGUGCAUGACUGCCUUUCUCUCGGCUCUGGAUACGUCCAUCAUCUCCACGGCACUUCCCACGAUUGCCGCUGAUCUCGACUCGGAAACGCUCUAUGUCUGGACGAUCAACUCGUAUUUGCUCGCCUCGACAGCCGUCCAGCCACUAUUCGGCCAGGCUGCCAACAUCUUUGGUCGGCGCAGCCUCACUUUACUAUCUGUUGCUCUCUUUGCUCUGGGCAGUGGCAUUGCGGGUGGUGCUAACAAUACGGCCAUGUUGAUCGGGGGCCGGACGGUGCAGGGCAUUGGGGGAGGAGGCAUCAACACGAUGGUGGAGAUUGUGGUGUGCGACCUGGUUUCUCUCCGCGAACGGGGCAAAUACGUCGGUCUGAUCGGGUCGAUGUGGGCGAUUGGAUCUGUCGUGGGCCCCAUCCUGGGAGGCGCUUUUGCCCAGCACAUCUCGUGGCGCUGGAUCUUCUACAUCAACCUUCCCCUGUCCGGUGCCGCCCUGGCUCUGCUGAUCCCAUUCCUUCGAUUGCGCUACCGACGGGAAGGCAAUCUUCUCGACCGUUUAAAACGUGUAGACUACGUGGGCAAUGCCAUCCUGAUUCUGGCAGUGGUGGCCAUUCUCCUGGCGCUGACCUGGGGAGGCACCGUCCAUGCCUGGUCCUCCUGGCGCACCAUCGUCCCGCUAGUCUUGGGAUUUGUUGGGUUGCUAGGCUUUCUUCUCUACGAAGCGACUCCGGCCGUCAAAGAGCCUACGAUGCCCAUGCGGCUGUUCGCCAACCGGACGUCCAGCACCACCUUCGUGCUGAGCUUCCUGCAUGGCAUCCUCCUUUACUGGGUAUGCUACUUUCUCCCCGUAUAUUUCCAGGCCGUACUCGACUCCUCUCCCACUCGGUCCGGCAUUAUGCUGUUCCCCAUCGCCACCACCACCGCCCCCUUUGGCGUGCUGGCCGGCAUUUUCAUCACAGCGACAGGUCACUACCGCGUCUUCCAUUUUGCUGGCUUCGGCAUGAUGACGAUCGCCUGUGGCCUCUUCACCCUGUUAGACGACCACUCCUCGACUGGUGACUGGGUCGGAUUUCAGAUUCUGUUCGGUGUGGGUGCCGGCUUCAUCUUCACCAGCUGCCUCCCUGCCAUUCUUGCUGCGUUGCCGGAGAGCGAAGUGGCCACGGCGACGGCGACCUGGACGUUCCUUCGCAGCUUCGGAUCUAUCUGGGGCACGGCGAUUCCGUCUGCCGUGUUCAAUUCCCGGGUCAAUGAUCUCUUGGACACGAUUCCUGACGCUGCCACGCGUUCAUGGCUAGUCAACGGAGGCGCUUAUCAACAUGCCACGAAGGAAUUUCUUGGUGCCUAUCGGCAUUCCCCUCAGUGGCCAGCCAUUCUACAUGUCUAUCUGGACAGUUUGAAGACGGUGUGGUAUGUCUCGAUUGCUUUUGGCGGGAUCGGAGUCCCUUUGGCCCUGUUGAUCAAGGGACUACAUCUCCGGGAGGAGGUCAGCAGCGAAUUUGGUCUCGAGACAAAAACGGAGACAGGAAAGGAAGCUGCACCAAUGACUGCUCCCUAA